AUGGAUGCAGUGAAGUCAUGGCAACCAAGGACUAUGGUUGACAGCCAUACAUGCAGUAGGGAACACAAGUUGCGGCUAUUCAAUGCAAGAUGGCUUAGUAGAAAAUUGCAAAAAACAAUAAGAGAGAAUCCUAAUGUAAAGGGCGUUGAUAUUAGAGAUAAAUUUAGUAGGAAAUGGAACAUAGCAAUAUCCAAGAAUAUGGCUUACAGGGCCAGAGCCCAUGCAUCAGAUGAAGUGGUAGGGUCCUUCAUUAAGCAAUAUAAUAGAAUUUAUGAUUAUGCACACGAGUUAUUAGCAAGAAACCCUGGGUCCACAAUCAAGGUCAAAGUUGAUCCAGUUAAUGGCAAACCAAUCUUUAGGAGGUUUUAUGCAUGCCUAAAGGCAUGUAAAGAUAGCUUUGGAUCAUGCAGGCCAAUCAUUGGCCUUGAUGGAGCCUUUUUAAGAGGCAGACACCAUGGUGAGCUACUAACUGUUGUGGGUCGAGAUGCGAACGACCAAAUGUUGCCACUAGCAUAUGCAAUAAUAGAAGUUGUGAACAAGGACACUUGGACAUGGUUUCUGGAGUUGUUGAUUGAAGACUUAGGUGGUCCAGAUGUGUGUUCUGGUCUUACAAUCAUGUCAGAUCAACAGAAGGGUCUAAGACAAGCUGUACAAGAUGUUGUUCCUGCAAUUGCACAAAGAUUUUGUGUAAGGCAUUUAUAUGCCAACUUCAGGAAGAAAUUUCCUAGAAAGAAUCUGAAAAAGCUAAUGUGGAGGGCAGCUUUAGCUACUCACCCACAACAAUGGGAGAAUAUCAUGAGAAGUAUCAAAGAGGUGAAUGAAGAUGCGUUUCGACACCUCAUGUCUCUUCCUCCAAGGUUUUGGUCUAGAUCAAGGUUCACAACCACAGCUAAAUCUGAUACUUUGGUGAAUAAUAUGUCAGAAGCAUUCAAUAGUGUUUUGGUCAAUACAAGGACAAAACCUAUUAUUACAAUGUUGGAGGAAAUCAGGCUAUACAUGAUGAAGAGAUGGGCGACUAAUAGGACAAGGGCAGCCUCAUUUAAGUCAUCAAUUUGCCCUAAAAUACUGAGUAGACUACAAAAGGAGUCACUACUAACAAAGCAUUGGGUUCCCAGUUGGUCUACACAUAAACUGUUUGAAGUCCGACAUGUGUCCCAAACUGGAGACAACUUUGUGGUGGAUAUAGAUCAAUAUUCAUGCUCAUGUAGGAAAUGGAGCAUCUCGGGAAUACCUUGUGCACAUGCAUUGGCUGUAAUGAAGUUACUCAACAUAGAUGCACAACAAUUCAUACCUGCAUGUUUUACAAAGUCAGCCUACGAGGAAAUUUAUUCUUCUGUUAUUUUUCCCAUUAAUGGAAACAAUCUCUGGGAGGUAACCGAAUAUCUAGAUGUCAUGCCUCCAUCAAAAAGACAGAUGCCUAGACGUCCAAAGAAGAAAAGGAGGUUAGAGCAAUGGGAGUUGUAGAAAAGUAACACCAGAAUGUCAAAAGGAGGAUUACUCAAGAGAUGUGGCAUGUGUAGGGAAACUGGUCACAACAAGAAAAAUUGUCCGCAAAGAAACCAAGCACAGCAAGAUUGACAACAACCCACUUCAUUGGCUGAGGAUCAACCACAUGGAGAACAACCAGUUCAGAGCUGAAGAAUAUUAUAUGUUUUAGUUGUAGUCAAUGUUUAUCACUUUAUGUUUCAGUUUGUAAUAGACUAAUGGAUCAGUACUUUUUGGU